AUGUACUUCGACAUGGCCGACUACAUCACACAGCCUCACACACACCGCACACCUUCUGCCGGACAAGCGAAGCGCAACAGCCGGAAUCGCAGGAACAACCAGCAACACUUCCAAGGCGCAGUCUCAGACGGCGCAAUAGCCAAUCCUGCUGCCUCGCCGACAUCCCACAAGACACGACAAAGCGUAGUGCUGGGUGCAGAACAGCCCGUAGAUAACAUGAGCAGAUCCAAUGCACAAAGACAGAGGCCAUCUUCGGGUGGGGGCCUUACACAUGGCACUCCUGCAAAGGAGCAAGCCUACGCCGGUCCGACUUUCCAAGCAUCGCCAGCGGCCGCUUCACUUCCUGUGCCAAAGUUCUUCUCCAAGUCCGUACCGAACGCGGCACAGCAUACAACCUUACAAGCAAGGCUUGAGCGCGAGAAGGCCAACCAGACUGUAGAGUCUUCACCCGAGAGCGACUCAGCUGCUCCCGUGCCACCACCUCCACGCGAGGAGUCGCCGCUAGAUUUCUUCUUCGAGGCCGAUAGAGCAGAGAAGGAGAAGAGCAGGAGUAACAGCAAUGCGUUAUCACCACAAGCAGCCACACGGCAACCACCUUCCACAGUGCCGAGGAAUAUGUUCCAUGGGAAGAGCCUAUUCCUGCAAGAAUUAGACGGGGAUACCGAAGGCAUGCCCAGUCCACGAACGCUGCCACCGAAGAGCCGGCCAGGACCAGGCGAUCGAUCCCAUUCAUCUCCAGGCGCACAGCAGCAUACGGCUAGCGACGACGAGCGGCAAGCCUACACAAAGAACCUGAAAGAGCUGCUGUUCAAUACAGCAAGAGAAAGUAUUACCCCUCCACGAUCGCAAACUCGACCAAACUCCAGUGCGCGUACUCCUGAUGGAGUAUUUGGUUCUCCGUCACCCAUGCAACGUCCCAGCUCAGGGCCCUCCACGCCACAGCCUGCCGCCCAUCAACAACAAAACCAACACGCUCUCCACUAUGGAAACCGCAACCUCUCGCCAUUGUUCAAGGCUGCUCGAGGCGAUACUCCCACGCGACCGUCUUCUUUGCGGCAAGAGAUGAUCAACGAUUCUCCUUCUUCGAGGGCGUAUCCACCGAGCAAUUACCAGACAUAUCAAUCAAUCCCACCUUCUACCGACACAAACACCCUUGCUCGCUCCUAUUUGAAGGAGCAGAUCCGAACAUCUGCUCCAGCUGAGAUGCCGCAGCUACCAUUCGGAGCGCAGCCUAAUGGAGUGUCCUACGGUACAGCUGGCUCUGUACCUUCCUCUGACAUACCUCGCAGCGGAGGCGCUCAUGACAUCAGAGGAAUGGAGAACGAUUUACGACGCAUGUUGAAGCUUAAUGUCUUGGGGUAA